AUGUAUGGAGAAUCUCCUGUGUACCAGACAAGCACUGUGCUGAAUUCUGGCUCGGCGGGAGGGAGGCGAGGGAAGGGUGGAAAGGGGAAAAAACCGCUCACCCUCCGCCCGAGCGUCCGGGCGCUCGCAGACGCGCUCCUCCGCCCCUCCUCUGGCCUCGGCGGCGGCGCAGCGGCGCUAGGGGGAGCCCCGGGCCCGGAGCGGGGCGGCGGCGGCGGCCCGACCGGGAGCCCCUCCGCACCUGCCCCUGCGGCGGAGCGGCGACGAGAGCCGGCGGCGGCGGCGGCGGCGGCAGCGGUGGCGGCGAGCAGCGGCUCCGAGCGGGGAGGGCAAGUGACCCGGAUGUACAGGAGAGUGAAAACGAAGCGUCGCGCAGGGGGCGAAGACCUGCCACGGCUUAGAGAAUCGGAAAUAGCCAAGACUGGGAACUCGGAACCCAAAAAGCCCGAGCACUGAGUGUUUGCUGAACUCUUGAGAGUGGGCACAUCCCACCGUCUUCUGGAUCUGGGUUGGCUAGGUUAGAACUGGCUAGGAGGCAGUGUUCGCUUUCCCCAGCCCGCCCGGGCCAGGUACUGAGCCCGUCCCUUGGGAGGUGAGCAAGGCAGAUGCGUUUGGCAGGCAAGAGCCAAGAGGUGCACCGUUAUCGCCUGCGAUGGUAUCGUGGAAGCGCCCUUGGGAGGCGUUUAAAUGAGCAGUCUAAGAACAGAAAUCUGGCGCCACUUGAGACUUGUACCAUGCCACGCAUAGCGCUUGCAGAUAAAUUAAUUUUUUUUUUCUGGAGUCUGCUCUCAAUAGAAAUGUCGAGUGAGCAAAAAUAAAUAAAUAAAUAAAAACCCAACUUGG